UUAUUGGACAUCCGGUUGUCUAAAUUGUCCUUGAUGGAGUCGACACCGUGAACGAAAACAGCUUCAUACACGUUUCUUCUGAGAUGGCAUCGAAGAUGAUGAAGUCAGCAGGAUUCCUGCGUUCCUGUGUUCAUCGGAAUGGCUCUUCUACAAAGAAAUCAACUGUACCACUAACAUGGUGUAGAUGUCUACACAGACAGCCUCUAGACCCUGUGUGGGAGGAGAAAGCAAAGAAAGAAAUCAAGGGCAAAGAUCCAAUGGAAACCCUGACAUGGAGGACACCAGAGGGAAUCAACAUCAAACCAGUGUAUACAAAAGAAGAUACUACAGACCUAGAGAAGGAGAUCCCGGGCGAGUACCCGUUUACCAGGGGGCCAUAUAGUACCAUGUAUACAUUCCGCCCAUGGACAAUCCGACAGUAUUCAGGAUUCAGUACCGUGCACGAGAGUAACAAAUUCUACAGAGACAACAUUGCUGCAGGACAACAGGGACUCAGUGUGGCAUUUGACUUGGCUACACACAGAGGUUAUGACUCUGACAACAUACGUGUCCAGGGUGAUGUCGGAAUGGCUGGAGUUGCUAUAGACACAGUGGAGGACACAAACAUUCUGUUCAGUGGUAUCCCCCUCAACAAAAUCUCUACCUCCAUGACCAUGAACGGAGCGGUCCUACCUGUGAUGGCUAUGUAUGUGGUGUCUGCUGAAGAACAGGGUGUGAAACAAAGUGAGUUAUCAGGGACAAUACAGAAUGAUAUCCUCAAGGAGUUUAUGGUCAGAAACACCUAUAUCUUUCCACCAGAACCCUCCAUGAAGGUCAUCGGGGACAUUUUCCAGUACACAUCAAAGAAUAUGCCAAAGUUUAACUCCAUAUCAAUAUCAGGCUAUCACAUGCAAGAGGCUGGAGCUGAUGCUGUUUUAGAGUUAGCCUUUACACUGGCGGACGGACUGCAGUAUAUACAGACAGGGUUGGACAGAGGUCUGGAUAUUGACACCUUUGCUCCAAGACUAUCAUUCUUCUGGGGAAUCGGAAUGAACUUUUAUAUGGAAAUCGCUAAAAUGAGGGCAGCCAGAAGACUUUGGGCACAUCUUGUGAAGCAAAAGUUUCAACCUAAAAGUCCGAAGUCAUUGUUGUUGAGAGCACACAGUCAGACAUCUGGCUGGUCACUCACAGAACAGGAUCCCUACAAUAACAUCAUGCGGACUGUGAUUGAGGCUAUGGCUGCCGUUUUUGGAGGGACACAGUCAUUGCAUUCCAACUCUUUUGAUGAAGCCCUUGGCCUACCAACGCCGUUCAGUGCCCGCAUCGCUCGCAACACACAGAUCAUACUUCAGGAGGAGUCUGGCAUCCCUAAUGUGGCUGACCCCUGGGGAGGAUCGUACAUGAUGGAGAGUCUCACAGAAGACAUGUACAACGCUGCACUCAAGGUCAUCACAGAGAUUGAAGAAAUGGGUGGUAUGGCUAAGGCAGUGGCCAGUGGGAUGCCCAAACUAAAGAUAGAGGAAUGUGCUGCCAAGCGACAGGCACGGAUUGACAGUGAACAGGAAGUUAUUGUGGGAGUCAAUAAACAUCGACUGGCUACAGAGGAACAAGUGGAAGUCCGGUCUAUUGAUAAUAAUCAGGUCCGCGUGGAACAGAUUGAGCGACUCAAUGCUGUCAAGGCCUCGCGAGACCAAGAUAAGGCAACAGAAUCAUUGGAGGCCAUUUCUAAGGCUUGUGAGAGUGGUGAUGGUAACCUGCUGGGUCUCAGUAUGGACGCAGCUAGAGCAAGAUGUACAGUGGGUGAAAUUACAGACGCCAUGACAAAGGUGUUUGGUCGCCACACAGCCUCAGACAGGAUGGUCAGUGGGGCGUAUAAAUCAGCUUUUGGGGAGGAUGAUGAAAUAAGCAGAGUAACGAAAAAAGUGGAGAGUUUCUCUGAAAAAGAGGGACGUCGACCUCGUAUUCUGGUUGCCAAGGUUGGACAGGAUGGCCAUGACCGAGGAGGCAAGGUCAUUGCUACAGGAUUUGCUGACCUUGGCUUUGAUGUUGACAUUGGACCACUGUUUGCUACACCAAAAGAGGCAGCUCAGCAGGCGCUUGAUGCCGACGUUCAUGUGGUAGGGGUCAGUUCGCUGGCAGCAGGUCACAAGACGCUGAUCCCACAACUCAUUGAAGAACUGAGAAACAUGGGUCGACCGGAUAUUUUGGUAAUUGCUGGCGGAGUCAUUCCUCCACAGGACUACGAAUUCCUCUUCAAUGCUGGUGUCGCACAAAUAUUUGGACCAGGAACGAGAAUCCCUGACGCUGCUGAGAAGAUCGUUGAUGAAUUGGAGAAAAUAAUGAAUUGAACAUUUAUGAGAUGAGAGAGUGUAUUAUUAGUUGUGUGACCUGAAGACUAUGAAUCAAUUGUAGAUAUCGUGUGAAUGAGGGAAUUUUUAAGUUUGCCUGGUGUUGGUGAGAAAAUUUGCCAAAGUAACAGUGAAGGAAAAUUUUACCAUAUUUAACAAACGAAAUGAGAUUGUGGUACAUGUAUACCAUUUGGGGCCGAGUUGAUGAACUUGUUCUGUGAAAACACAUAAUACUCCGUUUUAUUUUUCAUAUUUAACUUUGAUAUAGUGCAAGCAUUUUGUAGUUUCCCCCAAGGAUACUACUAUUUGUAGAUAGAGUGUUAACCAAAUGUCAUGUUGUAAGAUAAUUUUGAGGACAAUGGAUAUUCUCGGUUUUGAGAAAAUAUAAAAACAAUACGGAGAAUACUGACAUAAUAACAAACCACCUCACUUAGUGUUAUUCAUGCGCGAUGCAAGAAUUCGAUUGUCGAAAUAUUUGUAUUUACAAGAUUAGUACAUUCUUAACAAAUGUAUCCUUUUGAGAAAGGCAAAACUGUAUAAAACUCAUUUAAGGUAUCUGAUGAUAAUGACAGCCGUACCAGACAUGAGUCAUCUAGAUCAGUUACAAUUAUGUUUGUCAUUUUUCUAUGAGCGGAAACAAAAUGAUUGCAGUUUAUUGUAUUUCAAAGAAUGUAUACAGGUCUUCAAUGUCGCCAUACUGAUUUCUUACAUUCGAUGGGAGACCGCUUAUAAAUUGUAUCCACUUUAAUAGAAUAUAUAUAUCUUUUGUCUCUGGCUCCAUAUUAGGUGAUAUUCAGUCAGAUUUUACUUCAGUUGUAACACACUGACAUCAUACCCGAAUAAAACAAAAACAAUUGCAUACGUCUCGCGAAAUAGAUUUUCCCCAAAAUUUCUUUUUAUAUUGAUAGAUUGGAAACGAAAAGCUGUUUUCAGUUAUCUUUUAUUAUAUGAAUACUACAUGCCUUGGAGGUGUUAAUGAACAACUGAUCUGUGAUAAUUCCCUUUAUACAUACGAGUAUUACUUAUUUUAUUGGUACGCUUGGUUCUGAUACUACACUUCCUACGAUCUCUUAAACCCAAACACAGGCGCAUGAGAGAGGUGCAUAGCGAGCAUGUUUUUGAAUGAUAAAGUUCUGUGAUUGUAAUUAUCUAUCGAUUUUGCGUUGAUGUGAUUUAAAGUAAACUAUUUUAUACAUGUGA